AUGGAGGCGGCGGCCGAGCGGCGGCGGGAGCGGCGGCGGCGGGAGGUGGCGGUGAAGGCCGAGAAGCGGAGCCCCCGGCGCUCCGCCUCCCGCUCGGCGCGGGGCAGCCAGUCGCCGCCGGCCGAGGAGCGGCGGGGCCCGGCCGGGCCGCGCCAGGGCAGCCGCGGCAGGAGCAGCAGAUCGCCCAAGAGGAAGAGCAAGUCCGGGCGGAGGAGCCGGUCCCCGCGCGGCAGGAGGAGCCGGAGCCCGCACCACGCCGCCGUGAAGGUGAAGCAGGAGCGAGAUGAUCAUUGUCGUAGAGGAAACGAGGAGCGAAAGCAGAGAUACCCAUCAGAACAAGAACACAGGAGAGAGAGAAGUGGUGACAGAGACAGACACAGAGACCACUCAGACAGAAGGAAGAAUCCAAACGAAAGGCCUGGAGUUCGAGGCCACGAGCGAGAGAGGGAUGUUCAGAAUAUCCGUGAGCAGCAAGCAGAGAGGGAGUUUUAUAACGAGAGAAGACGAGAGCAUCGACAAAAUAACGAAGGCGGUGCCGUUGACCAGAAUCCAGAACUCGGGCAAUCUGAUAACAAACCUAAAGAAAAAGCUUCUGUAAACAAAGAGAAGCCAAGCUUUGAACUGUCUGGUGCGCUUCUAGAGGAUACCAACACUUUCCGAGGUGUUGUGAUUAAGUACAGCGAGCCCCCCGAAGCUCGGAUUCCGAAGAAGCGAUGGCGCCUCUAUCCUUUCAAAAACGAUGAGUUUCUCCCAGUCAUGUACAUCCACAGGCAGAGUGCUUACCUUCUGGGCAGGCACCGCAGAAUCGCAGAUAUUCCAAUUGACCAUCCCUCCUGCUCAAAGCAGCACGCUGUGUUUCAGUACCGGCUUGUGGAGUACACUCGUGCCGACGGUACCGUUGGCCGCAGAGUAAGGCCCUACAUAAUCGACCUGGGCUCUGGGAACGGCACUUUUCUAAAUAACCAGCGGAUUGAACCUCAGCGCUAUUACGAACUGAAGGAAAAGGAUGUACUGAAGUUUGGGUUCAGCAGCAGGGAGUAUGUUCUUCUCCAUGAAUCUUCAGAUAAAUCUGAGGCCAACACACAGGACGAUGAUGAGGAGGAGGAGAAGGAGGAAGAGUCUGACAGUUAACAGACGA